GGCGAGUUCGAAAGGAGGAGUUUGUGGGGUGAGAGAGAAACUGUAUUUUUCCCCAGGAAUUAAAACAAACAUGUUUUUCUUAAGGAAAAAAAAGCCGAGUAGCAUGUAGUUAAAGGGCAAUGACGCUUCUAUGCGUAUUUCUUACGCCUCUCUCUUUACGAAGACCGAAACACAUGCGCCGGUGCCCCUGUUUUUGGAUGGAAAAGGCCGACGGAGAGCAGGAUGACUGAGAGCUAGGCGCCGCUGGCGGUCCGAGGAGAAGCGGCGGAAAAAGCGGAGAAGGGGCCGUCGCCGAGCGCCAGACGCGGAAGGAGAGCCGCGCGGGCUCCGGUCGGCACGGGACGCGCCGCUGCGCUCCGGCCGUGCCGCCUAAGCUGAGGCGUUUCUGCCGGGGCCUAGCUGCCUGGUGGCUAAGCGACAGAUAGUAGUCGGUGGUUUCCUUUGGUUUGAUUUUGUUUUUAUUUGGUAGCCGAAGCUCGGCUAGCCUUCGGUCGGUGCUUAGGCGUCCGUCCCACCGGCUCGUCGUCGUAUCUAGCACCGUGCCAGGGCUUUCCCCACCGAAACGGCUAGUAGGACCAUGUCGGAGUGUCGGCGAGCCGCCGGGAAUUAGGUAGGGACUUUGGAGCUGCGUUUAGGGAGAAGAGAGCCGCAUGUAGCUGCUUGAGUCCGGCUGCAUGCACCGCUGGCCGAGCUGCCCGGCCGGAUAGCUGAAUACCCUUAUCAGGGCGGCGGGGCUGCCGGCAACCCCCUGGUUUGUUAUCGGAUCCGUGGUUGCCCAAGGCUGACUGUUCGUAUAGGACACAUCCCCACGAGGGUCUGUGUUAAAUGCAGCUAGCCAAAGCAACAAAAAAAAACAAGGGACCCCCCCCUCAAAAAUCCGUAUUUCUGUCUUGGUAGCACCAAUAAUAAGGGCAUGUUGAGUUAAGAUGACUGUGGCAGUAGAGAUUAUCAAAGAUUUAGCUUGUAAAUAUGAGGAACCGAAAUCCUCGUGUCCCCUAAAGGGUAUCUAUAAUUAAUCAGGUAAAUAUCGCCCAGCGUUAACUUUUGAUACUUCAUUGAUAGUGGCUAACAUAUCUGGUUCAAAAACACAAGCAAAGGUUUACAUUUUUUUCCAUUAGAUCUGUAUUUUUGUGGCUGUUUCUCAGGGUUAUAAAGUCGCAGACCCAUUGAUAGUUCAUGUUCGUUUAACGUUCUUGUUUGUGCUUGAUUUUAGUGCACGUUUGUAUUCGGGUAAACAAAGCUUGACUAGUUAACUGGCGCAGUAAGUUAGAGGGCCAAAAGUUCUACUGGGUGUUAUAAUCUAUCAUUGCUGCUUACUGUCAGGACGUGCAAUGGUAUUGGGCUGAUUGACAUUUUAGUUAUUCCAAGCAAUAAAUUAAAAAGCCAUCAUUGACACAUUAAUAUUUAUAUAAAGAUAAAGUGAUUCUGGAAGGAUCAGAGAUCCUUCACUUUAUCAUUAUUAAAGCCACAAUAUGAUCUACAGCAGUUGUACCUUGAUAGUUUGAAGGAUAGGUAUUUUUCUUUAUUAUUAUUUAUUGAGGUGUAUUAUCUUAAAGUGCUGGGAAAUAGAUGAAACCAAACAUUUCUUUCCCCCUUUGCCGAUGAAUGUUUUUAUUUUCUCAUUGAGUCACCAGUGUGCCAAAUUAUUGCCCAGAUAAUAAGUGAGAAGCUUUGUGUUUCGAAGAAUAGCCCAGUGAAAUUGCCAUACCUGCUGGAAAAGGGCGUGUGAAUUUUCCCUGCGUGACAACUGCAGGAAACCCGUGGCGUGUUUUUCUUGAACGAGCCUGCCCCUGCCUCAAAAGCCCGCCAGUGGUUUUCAUGGAGCACCAGGCACUGUCGGGCCACAGGAAGGGGUAACAUUGACCAGCAGGAGGUGGCCUUUCGAGAGUGAGGUGUCUGGACCCUCGCUCGCUUUCUAGACGGAACGAUGGGCUCUCAAGCUCUUCAGAUACUGCGUCAGGGGGUGUGGGCCUCCCUCACGGGGGGCUGGUAUGUGGACCCACAUCAGAGUACAUUCUCCAACUGCUUUCACCUCUACCUCUGGAUCUUUCUCUUGACGUUCCCGUUCCUGCUCUACAUGGCGCUGCCACCCAGUCUAGUUGUGGCCGGGGUCUAUUGCCUGGUUGUGGCCGCCUUCUUCACGGCCAUCAAGACAGUGAACUUCCGUCUCCACGCCAUGUUCGACCUGGGGGAGAUAGUAGAGAAGCGACAGGCCUCCCUGACAGCAGAGGGCGCCAGAGUGGACGAGGGAGACGAGGGCACUACAGCCCCCGAAAGGAACCAGCACAGGGACAGUGCGGCUGGAGUUGAGAUGACAGUGUUCCGGAAGGUCAACUCGACCCCUCCUGUCCGGUGCAGCUCACAGCACUCUCUUUUUGGGUUAAACCAAGUUUCGGAAUUUCUGCCGCAGCUUGAUGACACAGGAGGCUCCAAAGACCUCAAGGAGCUGGUGCGAGAGCACGGCCAUAGCGCCAUUGUCACUGCGGCGCACAGAGACAUGCUCCGGCAUGGGUCCCAGGACACAGUCCGCGCUGCCGGAGUGGUGCAGUCCUGCCUGGUCGCCACCCUGGGCAGCGAGUUCCCCGGCCUGAUGGGCCCGAAUGGGGCGGUGCCGGGCAGCUUCGCCGGUCCCAUGUCCGGAGAAUGUCCCUCCAUCCCCCCAUCACCCUCCAGCCAAGAGGAGGGAGAGGACAAGGAGCGGGAGGAGGAUGAAGCGGAGCAGUCGGCGGAUCGCAUGUCCAAAAGGAGCCCUGAAGAGGAGGCGGCGGGAGGUUACUCGCCACUGGGGCCCUCGGCAGAGUCCGGGAGCCUGGGCGAUGCCCCGCUCAGUCCCCUCCUGAAGAGCAGCCUGAGUGAGGAGCUGAGUGAGAACCUUCUGGGCCUGGGGCUCCACCCGGGCCCUUUCGCCCCCGACCGGGAGACCCUGAGCACAGUGAGCAGCUACCGCAGCGAGAAGACCGACUCCACGCAGCUGGAGAGCCCAUCCCUGAGUCUGAGCCGGUCGGCGCCGCUGGGCGCUGCUUUGGCCAUCGAGGGCCCCCUGCCGGGCUGUGGCGCCCUGGGGGGCAUAGAGGGCCCGGCGCUGCACGGCGGCAGCGACACCGACGACCUCUCCGACAGCGAGCUGUUGCGCUCCCCUUCCAAAGAGCCCUCGCUGGGGCAGGGCCUGGACCGCACGCUGGUGGAAGGGGACGACCUGCCCUGCCUGCCCCAGGAGCUCACGCAGUCCGCGCCCCUGCAGGACUCCUCGCCCUCCAGCAGCGGGCGCUCUGACGCCUGCGACCUGGAGCGGGGAGUUUCCCUGCCCCCCCUGCCGCCGCCCCGGCAGGCUAGCUCGGUGCCAGCGGGCCUGGCUCUGGGACUGGGCUGCUCGGAGCCCGCCCUGCCCAUAACUCCCCCUCCCUUCCUGCUGUCCACCCAAGUGCCCCUGCAGGUGCAGCAGGUGGUUCGCCCCAAAGACCUGAAGCAGUUACGGGCAGCCGGGGUGGGCGGCGGGGGCGGCGCGCUGCACCGGCCUGGCCGUCGGAAAGCGCCACGCAAGCGGGGUGGGGCGGGCAGUGGCAGCUUCGACUCUGGUUCCUACCGCCGGCAGCAUGGGCGGGGGCAGCACAGGGACUACAUCCCCGUGCGCAGCCGUCUGGGCCCCAAGGCGUACAGCGAGAGCCUGUUUGAGGACUCCACUGACGAGGACGACGACGGCAGCGAGGGCAGCGACCUGAGCGCCGGCUCCAGCCUGGGCUCGCAGCGCCGCUACAGCUCCGACGACGACUCCAGCUCCUCCACCUCCUGCUACUCGCCAGACUCCGCUGCCGUGGGCCUCCCAGCCCCGCCCACUCUUUGCACUCAGCUGUCCAGUCCUGGCGAAGGGGAGGUCUCUGAUUCAAUUGGCCCCUCCCACUCCCGGGCGGCCCAGAGGUCGGCCAGCACGGCGAGCGCGAAGACGCACGCCAGGGUGCUCAGCAUGGAUGGCGCAGGUGGGGGUCACUCCAGCUCCGGAGUCCUGCCCCCAGCCGCCCUGCCUCUGCCUCCGUCCAUCCCCCCCGCCCAGCGUCCACUCACCCUUUCCAAGUCCGACCUGGAGGCACGCACAGUCCAUCUGGACGGGUUCCCCGGGGCCCAUCAUCGCCUGGAAGCCAUCGAAGGCUCCUGGGCCGGUAAUCAGACGGGCUGGCGGGCGGCCGACCUGCUGGAGGAAGGAGCCAUCGGAGGAGCCCUGGCUCCCGAGGACGGCGGCAAGCGGGACUCCGUCAGCAGCAUGAAGAGGGCGCAAGCCAUCCGCAGGCGGCACAACGCGGGCAGCAACCCCACGCCCCCGCCCUCCGCCAUGGGCUCCCCCCCGAGCCUGCAGGACCUCCGGCGAGCUCGUACCUCCUCCCGCUCCCGGACACUCACCCUGCCCUCCGCGCUCCAGUUUGCCUCCUCCCUACUCCUGCCCCGCGGGGGCGUCCACGAGGCCUCCACCUUCGACGACACGUCCGAGGGGGCCGUGCACUACUUCUACGACGAGAGCGGAGUGAAGAGGUCUUACACUUUUGGCCCUGCUGGAGGCGGAUAUGAGGACCCAGUGCAGGAGCGAGACAGACAGUCCCAGUCCUCAAGCUUCACUUCCACAGAUGUCCAGGAGGGGGCACCAGUGCUCUCCAUGCUGCAGCCGCGACCUGUCGUCCUGCAAGGGAUGCAGGUCCGCAGGGUGCCGUUGGAAAUCCCAGAGUUUGACCUGGACCACGAGUCGCUGCACGAGUCUCAGGAGAACACGCUCAUGAUCGAGGAGAAGGCCAAGCCCAAACAGUACUACCGCUUCUGGGUGCUGCCGGGGAAGUGGCUGCGGGUUCGCUAUGACCGCCUGGCCCUCCUCGCGCUAUUGGACAGGAACCGCCGGGUGGCGGAGAACGUCUUCGCCGUGGUGCUGGCCAGCCUGGUUGCCUUCCUGGGUUUCCUCCUGCUUCUGCAGGGCUUUUUCAGGGACAUCUGGGUCUUCCAGUUCUGCUUGGUCAUCGCCAGCUGCCAGUACUCCUUGCUGAAGAGUGUGCAGCCCGACGCAGCCUCGCCGAUGCAUGGCCAUAACUGGAUCAUCGUGUACAGCCGGCCGGUGUAUUUCUGCUUCUGCUGCAUCCUCAUCUGGCUCUUCGACCUGGGGGGCAACUCCGGCCCCCUGCAGUCCUUCACCCUCUACGGCGUCACCUUCUUCUCGGGCCCCUUCCUGCUCUGUGCCCGGGACGUGCUCAUAGUGUUCACUCUCUGCUUCCCCGCCGUAUUCCUGUUCGGGCUCCUACCUCAGGUGAACACAUUCCUGAUGUGUCUGCUGGAGCAGACGGACAUGCACGUCUUCGGGGGCACCGCCACGACCAGCCCCCUGUCGUCCGUGUACAGCCUGUCCCGCAGCCUGCUGGUGGCUGCACUCCUCUACGGAUUCUGCCUGGGCGCCAUAAACGCGCCCUGGGAGGAGCCACACGUGCCGGUGCUGUUCUCCGUCUUCUGCGGCCUGAUCGUGGCCCUGUCCUACCACCUGAGCCGGCAGAGCAGUGACCCCACCGUGCUCUGGUCCCUCAUCCGCUCCCGGUUUUUUCCUGAGCUGGAUAGCCGGAGUCCGGAGGAGCCCCCCCAGGGGAUUAAGGACCCCCUCCCAGAGAAGCUGCGUGCCUCUGUGAGGGAGACCCUUCAUUCUGACCUGGUCAUGUGCCCCCUCAUGGCCAUCAUCACAUUCGCCAUUAGUGCCAGCACAGUCUUCAUUGCAUUGCAGCCCGCCCUCAGCGUCGUCCUCUACUUUGUGGCCGGGGUCGUGGGCUUCCUGACCCAUUACCUGCUGCCGCAGCUCCGCAAGCAGCUGCCCUGGUUCUGCCUGGCCCACCCGGUGCUGCGCUCGCGGGAGUACAGCCAGUUCGAGGUCCGGGAGGCUGCCCAGCUGAUGUGGUUCGAGAAGCUGUACGCCUGGCUGCAGUGCGCGGAGAAGUUCGCCAUCUACCCGGCCGUCGUGCUCAACUUCCUGACCACCGAGGCGCAGCUGGCCAGCUCGCGCACGGACCAGCUCUGCUGCAUUUACACCCACGCCCUCUUCAUCUCCGUGGCCGGCAUGAAGCUGCUGCGCUCCUCCUUCUGCACGCCGUCCCAACAGUACGUCACCCUCUGCUUCACCGCCCUCUUCUUCCACUUCGACUACCCGGCCUUCUCAGAGACCCGCCUGCUCGACUACUACUUCAUGUCCAUCCUCUUCAGCAAGCUGUGGGACCUCCUGUACAAGCUGCGAUUUGUACUCACCUACAUCGCGCCUUGGCAGAUCACCUGGGGCUCCGCCUUCCACGCCUUCGCCCAGCCCUUCGCCGUGCCUCACUCGGCCAUGCUCUUCAUCCAGGCCAUGUUCUCCGCCUUCUUCUCCACUCCGCUGAAUCCCGUGCUGGGCAGUGCCGUCUUUGUCACCUCCUACACCAGGCCCGUCAAGUUCUGGGAACGCGACUACAACACUAAGCGGGUGGAUCAUUCAAACACACGCCUGGCCACUCAGCUGGACCGCAAUCCAGGCGCGGACGACAACAACCUGAACUCCAUCUUCUACGAGCACCUGACUCGCUCGCUGCAGCACAGCCUGUGCGGCGACCUGCUCCUCGGCCGCUGGGGGAACUACAGCACGGGGGACUGCUUCAUCCUGGCCUCUGACUACCUCAACGCCCUGGUGCACAUCAUCGAGAUCGGCAACGGGCUCGUCACCUUCCAGCUGAGGGGCCUCGAGUUCCGGGGGACGUACUGCCAGCAGCGGGAGGUGGAGGCCAUCACGGAGGGCGUGGAGGAGGACGAGGGCUGCUGCUGCUGCGAGCCGGGCCACCUGCCCCACCUGCUGUCCUUCAACGCGGCCUUCAGCCAGCGCUGGCUGGCCUGGGAGGUGGCAGCCACCAAGUACGUGCUGGAGGGCUACAGCAUCAGCGACAACAACGCUGCCUCCAUGCUGCAGGUGUUCGACCUGCGCAAGAUCCUCAUCACCUACUACGUGAAGAGCAUCAUCUACUACGUGAGCCGUUCCGCCAAGCUGGAGGAGUGGCUGGCCAACGAGUGUGUGCUGGAAGCCCUCAGGCCUUGUCAGGCCCCCGGCUACGUGGACAGCGAUCCCACCUUCAACCUCAACAUCGACGAGGACUACGACCACCGCGCCGCCGGAAUCACGCUGACCGCCUUCUGUUCCGUCUACCUGGACUGGAUCCAGUACUGCAACAGCCGGCGGGCGGCGCCCGUGGACGGCGAGAAGGAGUCCCCUCUGGUCACCCUCUGCUUCGGACUGUGCAUCCUGGGACGUCGGGCACUGGGGACGGCCUCCCACAGCAUGUCGGCCAGCCUGGAGCCCUUCCUCUACGGCCUGCACGCUCUCUUCAAGGGCGACUUCCGCAUCACCUCCCCCAGGGACGAGUGGGUGUUCGCCGACAUGGACCUGCUGAACAGGGUCGUGGCGCCGGGCGUCAGGAUGUCUCUGAAGCUGCACCAGGACCACUUCACCUCCCCUGACGAGUACGAGGACCCCGUGGUGCUGUACGACGCCAUCACGGCCAACGAGGAGAAGAUGUUAAUUUCCCACGAGGGCGACCCCGUGUGGCGGGGGGCCAUCCUGGCCAACAUGCCCUCGCUGUUGGCUCUCAGGCACGUCAUGGAUGACGGCAGCGACGAGUACAAGAUCAUCAUGCUCAACAAGAGGUUCCUCAGCUUCCGGGUCAUCAAGGUGAACAGGGAGUGCGUGCGCGGCCUGUGGGCGGGGCAGCAGCAGGAGCUGGUUUUCCUGCGCAACCGCAACCCAGAGCGCGGCAGCAUCCAGAACGCCAAGCAGGCCCUGCGCAACAUGAUCAACUCGUCCUGCGACCAGCCCAUCGGGUACCCCAUCUACGUAUCGCCACUGACCACGUCCUACGCGGGCUGCCACUCCCAGCUGCGCGGCGUCUGGGGGGGGCCGAUCAGCCCCCACAACAUCUACACCUGGUUCAUCAGCAGCUGGGACAGGCUGCAGAAGGGAUGCGGGGCCGGAUGCAACAGCGGGGGCAACAUCGAAGAUUCUGACUGCGGCGGGGGCUCCAGCUCCAUCGGCAACAACCCUGCCCCACACCCCCCCCAGAGCGUGCCGACACAGACCACGGGGGCGUCCACAAUCCCCCAUUCGCACCUGACCACCAUCCAGCCCCCCCUGGGAAGUGACAACCUGCCUGGAACCACCUGGCCGCACCACCCUCAACCACUCCCCCUGGCCCUGCUCAGCCAAUCGGAGUCCAGGAGGGAGGUGGGCUUGGCUCCCUCACUGCACCGCACCUCCUCCGUCCAGGGGCUGUUGGGUCAGCCCCUGUCCAGCUCCCAGCUCUCCUUCAGCGGCCCGGUGGGCACGGAGCGCCUCUGUGCAGGCACGACGCAGGACUGCCCCGGGCACUACCCGCAGCGAGGACCCCAGAGGGCCGUACUGAGCCUGGGGCUGAGUGGCGGGGGCCUACCCUACGAGGUCCUGUAUGGGAAAUUGGGCCUUUCGGGGAGAAAGGGCUUCAAUGGGUGUGCAGCCGGAGAGAUGGACGGGGUCGGGCCUCAGCCAAUAAGAACCCAGCCUGCUCCGUCCGUCCCUUCACCUGAAGUGGGGGCCUCCCCAGAGCCGAUGGGGGCGCCCUUGUCAGGCGAGACCACCCCCCGAAGCACAGGGGACGGCUCCACGUCCCACGACGGCUCCACGGAACUGCCUUUACUGGAGCACCUGCGCUGACUCGCGUGCCGAGAUACGGAGACUCGCAGCCAAAGCUAACCCGCCCGACUGUGCCCGUCUCGCUGCCGCGGGUCCGCCCGCGUCUGCCGGCUUCCAGCCUGGCCUCCCAAAGUCAUUCCAGCGAGCUUCGGAUCCGAGCGAGCGAGGAGAAUGCGGGGGUACCUCGGUACCCCGAAGAUGACCCAUGACUUCCCGGUUCUGUUACUCCUCUGUUACCCUGCAAUACUGGAAGCACAUCAGCCUCACCGGACCUCGCAUCCGCUGCUCCCGCCCAAUGCCGCUCCCGCCCAGAUCCCCAGAGUUGGACCCAUCUCUCCAAAUCUUCAGCUUACAGCUUAGAGAGGAUCCAGUGUUCCUUCAAAACGCAAGUGCAGUCUAAGGUAUGGGCGUGUGGUCUGGACCGGCCAUUUCCUCUACCGCUGCCCUGUCCAGUAUCCAAGCAUCCAGCAGAAAUGCAAACGUUAGGGAAGUCUGCUGCUCUCCUGCUGCUUUUUUGUGCUCGCUCUUCCCGUCCAUGCUGGUUCCUGCCUGCUCUCCAUGCACAGGGUACAGAGCACGGCGCUCUAGGUACCUGUGGCGGGUCACCGACGCCACGACGCGGAGCAGGACAGAGGAUCGUCACGGCGGGCGGGGGGGGCGGGGUUCUCACGUCCAUCCGAGGCUGCCGGACAUUUCAGACGCUACGUCUCCACAGACGCGAGGCUGGAAUCACACGUUCCACACAUUCCAGAAAGACUGGCUGUUAGUCUGUCGUUACUUCUCGAGCCGGGUGCCGCCCUCGUGCGCCUGCCUGUACACACACACCAUCGCCAAGACCAUUCUGCCAGCUUCUGAGCUUCAGGGAUUCCUCUCUUUCUCUCUCUCUCUCGUUUCUCCACCUGUCUUUGCCGCCUCCUGAGUGUCCUGGAUGCUCCGCAUCCCACCACCCUCGGGGGUUAUCGCGUCUCAUGCGUUUACAGCCUCGCGCCGCUGGGGGAGCCGGGGACCGGUGACCCCUGAGGGCAGCCGGGCAGGCAGAGACAGAGAGGGCCUGGCGUCACCACAGAUAUGCAGUAGUCGCGCUGUUGCCGGCACUGGCUGUCACCGCAGCAUGUUCGAUGGUUUUUAUUUCUGUAUUAGUUCUUUUUUUAAAUAAAAAAAUAUAUAUAUGGUUGAAAAAGGAUGUUUUACCAGAGGACUUGUUUACUUCUAGGUUUUGAGGCUGAGGUGUGGCGGAGGGAUCAUCCUGUCCUCUGAUUGGUUCACCUCUUUUUGUGGGCGGGACCCAGACCAUGCUCCUGGUGGCUGUGCAGUGCAAUAGCUGGCCCAGAGCUCUGCUUCACGUUUGCUCUGGAGAAGCAGACACCUAUCCUACGGCUAUUAAUGCUACUAGAUCUUCUGCAACUACUCAUAUAACUACUGUUUCAAGUACUUUAACCUCCAGCGUUUUAGCUGGAAGCACAUGAGAAUAAAGGUGGCGGGGGAUCACAUAUUUAUUUGGUGGCUGGUCUGGCUUGGGAGUGCAUGCUAAGGCUUGGUUCGCUCGUGUUGUCGACGUGUUCGAGGGAAGAGGACUUGCAUAUCGGCGACACAGCAGUGUUCUUAGAGUAACUUUACCUUCACAUACCACAAGUGUUAACUGUAAUUUUCUCGCCCCUCAGUAUAACUGGAACCGUGGUAUCCGUAAGCCACUGUUAUUCUGGUGCUGAUUUCUUGAUGAGGUGAUUACCGGUGUUCUGAUCUCAAUCUAGCCUCCCUCGACGAUAACUCAGUAAACCACGUUUUAGGGUUUCAGUGGGGUCUUGUGGAAGGUGUUUGUUGGUUCUUUGGGUUGUGGCGUGUUGAGGGAUGUGUGUGUCUCGUGCAGAAGGAGUUUGAACGCGGUCCUAUGCGCUGGAGACUGUAUGUGCUGCAGAGAGCAGACCCGCGUGGAGGUGGAUUCGUGGCGUGUGAGCCUGGAUCACAUAAGGUGAAGGGGCCCAGGCUGCGACAGCAGGUUAUGGGGUUAUAGCACAUAUGAUUAAAUCACUCCAUUUAGAGAGCUCUUUAAGUAACUCUUAAUUUGAAAUAGAUUUGUCUUGGAUUUUGAAAUCUUCUUCUGUCAUCAGCUCCUCAUUUGAUUAAGGAAGCAUUUAAUUUCUGUAUCUGGCGUUUUGUCAGCCAGGGCUUGGACUGUAUUCACAAUAAAUCCUCGACCUGAAUGGUUCUCAGUGGGUGAUGAUGGCUGCCUGAGACGGGGGACACGGGUGGGGGCGCUGCCCGUGCACUGACCAUGCAAGAGGUGUCCGUCCCUGAUUUAACCCUGCCUUCACGGAUAAUACACUGCAGUUUCCAAUUAGUGGGGACUGAGAGCGUAAAACAGUCCUUCCCCUUGAGGCGUGUAGGACUGGACUGUGCGACGUAUCCGUUCUCUCGACUUGGUGUUCUCUGGGUCACAGUGUUCGGCCAAUAUGAUUCAGCCCAUAUUCCUAUGACACAUGCUUCUUAGUCUUAAACCCCCCCCCCCAAAUCAAAACCAGGGCUGUCAUUUUCUUAUUGGCCGAAAGGAAGCACAAGUUUCUGGGCAGACCUGAAUAUCACUUAAAGGGAUGAAGUCAAUGCCAUUUAUGUACAGCAUGUUUGUAAAUGUAUAUAAGUAUAUAAAUAUUUUAUUAAUGAUCCAAUGGGUAUUUUUCAAGGACACUACUGCGUUUUUUGGGGGGGGGGGGGCACCGUGGCUGGAAAGGCCCAUCUGAGUUUGACCACAAGGGUGUGCACACUGACCUUACUCCCGCAGUCUGGGAUACUGCUUUUGCACAAACCUUGUAAAAUAGUACACAUCCUUUUUUUUUGUUUUCUUAAUUUCGGUCAUUUGUUUUAUUUAAAGAUUGUAAUUCAAUAUAAAGUCAUGUACAGUUUUUUAUGUGAAAUUUCCCCUAUUUAAAUUAAAGCUUUUUGUGUUAUUUGCAA